GGGAUUAGAAGAUUUAGGGCGAACUAAUAUUGUUCAGCACUACAUUGACACGGGUUCAGCAUCUCCUAUUAAACAGGCAGCUUAUCAACUAGCUCCUAAUGAACAGAAGUUUUUACAAGAAGAGACUAUGUGGGAGAUGGAUGAAAACGAAGUGAUAGACAUGAAUCGACAGGAACAAGGGUAUGAACAAUUGUUGCAUGAUUUUGAAGUAGAAUCAGGUUGUAGAUUGUUAUGGGAAGGCCAUAGUGAUAUUGCCCAACAGUGGUGA